CUGACCAGGAAUAUUGCGCAUAUCUAGAAGAUGAAUCUGGAGGAAGGGGUUACUGGCGGACAAGCUGCGUUGGCUAUGCUUUAUCAGCCAGUGGUUGCCCUCGGCUGAUCUCUGGACCCUCAGAUUGAGCAACACAACAAGGGACAGGCAGCUUCCAAACCAGUUAGAAACAAAGACAGGACAGAGGAGAGACGUGAAUCAGGGAAAGUCAGAAAGAGCCAUAACAGACUGAGUUGUAAUAGUGUGGCAAGGGACAGCAGUAGCUAUAAAAUAAGAGUUAAACAUUGAUAGAAUCUCUCUGACGUUGAGAGGACCUUUUAUUUAGGGUUUUGGGGAAGAGUAUGAAAGAUUUGAGAGAACAGGAGGGGGGGUCAGAGGCAGGGGUCCGAUAGGAAGUAAUUGUGGUGACAGCCAGUGCAAGGGGACAAGGACUCAUGUGAGACAGAAGAAUUUAAAAAUAGGGACAAAGAGAAAGAGGGACUGGCAGACCCAAAACUAGACUUUAGAAUGGGUGUUAAAAGCAAGGCUGCUGCAGCUAUCGUAGUCCUGCUGCUGUUCCUCGGCUCCCUGUGGCUCCGUUGCCAGAAACAUGACUCCAAAUGAAGGACGAUGUUUCUCGAAUGGUCAACUGCUGGAUGUGUAAUAAGCAACUGUUUGUUCGCCAUAUCAACUUAAAAGAGGGAGGUUUGGAUUACCACUGGGAUUCUUGUUUAAAAGGUUAUAAUCAGGAGAACAAGCUUCACCAGCUGUACAACAGCAGCGGGGCCGAUGGGGCUGAUGGGCCGCAGGUCCUGGAGGGGUGCCCUGGUCAGACCUUCCAGGUGUCACUUCUGGUCUCCCACCUGCUGGCUGCACCGGUCGACACCUCCGACGUGCUGUUGCAUCCGUAUCUUUCCAGCUGGGAUGAGCUUGUGAGAUUUAUGGAAGCUCUGGGCCCAAUGGUUGGACUGAUAUCUAAGGAGAUAGAAAGCAAGACCUCUUUAAUCCGACAACUAGCCCAGUUGGCAGAAAAGAACCCUGAAGAAGAGCUGGGCCUAGAUGUUCACUCAGUAAACACUGUGAACACAGAGAACAAUCUGGAGGCCUCACAGUACACUGGUGCUUAUCGUUCUGUGCGCUCCAUGAUCUCGGUGGAGCUGAGCCAAGGACUGGUGGACUUUGACCGCCAGACGGAUUCUGGAUGCCGGACUCUUCUGCGUCUGCAUCGCGCUCUGCUUUGGCUGAAGCUCUUUCUGGAGAAGCUGGCUGAGACACCUGUGGCCGGCCGGCUCAGGAGCCCCUCAGAGCUGUGUCGUGAGGCCUACAAGAACACACUUGCGAACCACCACGCCUGGUUUGUACGCAGGGCUGCCGAGCUGGCCUUCAUUGCCAUGCCAGAGCGGGGUUUCUUCUUCAGGCUGGUGUGUGUGCAGAACCAAGAGGAUCUGAGCGCAGUGCUGAUCAAAGUGGUUAAGGCCAUUGGAGAAGUUUAUGACAGGACGCAGAAAGCCCUGGAGGAAAAUGGCAUGCUGGACUUGCCAUAGUAAAGGGGGCUAUCCGACUGGACAAACAGCUUCCACUGUUUUACCAUGUAUUGUACCGUCCUCAAGAUAUUAUGGGCAUCACACAUGAACGUCUAGCUACAAGCGAGGUCUCAACUUUCCAAGGAAACAUGAACAGGCUUGAUUUUUUACCACUAAAAUUCACACGUGCCAUAUUUUUUCCUUCCAACCAAAGUGCCGUGUCAACAAUCAACUAAUGCUGAAAGUCAGUUUGCUUUCAGUCUGUAGACAUUCCUCAUCAAAUUAUAUGAGAUCACAACUUAGAGGAGGAGGCAGCUGACACAGAUUGUGAAUUAUUUAAGCAGGUGGACACAAUAGCAUGAACACCACACAUCUAAAGUAAUCCAUGGCAGCAACCCUGCAGUAAAUAAAGUAUUAGUGGAGCUUAUAAUGUUCUCUAGGCUGUGUCACAGGGGCAGGGAUUUUGUAAUGGAUUGCAUCAGAUUGCACAGUUCAUGUUUUUGUGCCAACCACACUAUGUGAUUGUUUUUUUUUUUUUUACAUUCAAAUUCUGUUGAAAAUGACUGUUGUUUUAAUUGUACUCUGUGAUUUAGUAUGCUACCUCAAAACCGGCUAGGUCUAGAUGCUUUGUAGCCCUAAAAUCUGGGACCAAUCUAUCCUGAUUAGAGAGAUAUUACACGCAAAUAUGUACUGAACAAAGGACAAUAUGAUCCUCACAGUAACUCUGUUGUGAGUGUGGAGUAUUCAUUUUCAGUUUUACACUGUGAGUUUUUGUAUCAUGUUCAGAAUGAUUAAAUAUCUGGGAAAAAAGAAAAAAGAAGAGAGAAUCUAGUUGCAUAUUUUCUGACGUACUUGGUCCAGUAAUGUAAGAACUUUGACAUUUAAAUGCCACUGAACUGUUGUGUAAUAUUAUCUACUCUCUAGGAAAGGGUCCAGAACUCUAAUCUUUACUUUCCUAACAUCAGGGAUAUAAGGUGUGCCCCUCCUACCUGGGCACAGUUUGUGGAUAUGAACAGGCUUUUGAACCUUAAUGCAAAAGGCUUUUCCUUCAUAAUAUCUCUUUGUCUGUAAUAAAAUAUUAUGUCAUGGCUGAAAUAUUAGAAAAAGCCCUGAUCUGAUGAGCACCAAAGGGUUGCAGAUUAUUCAGUAUUGUAAUAUAUAGGAUGUGUGUGUAACAGAUAGAAUAGCGUGCACAAGUAUUUGACACAGGUGCUACUCUUGAUCACACUAUUUUAAACCCACAAGUACCUCUAAUGCUACGUAAUCCUGGCUUUCUCCCUUUUCCCCGCACUGUGUUCUCUCUUUCUCAAGAAGAGACAGUGAAGAAUCGAGAGAUAAGAAUAGAGCCCGAGAGUGAACAGGAGACAAGAGUUGGUUGAAGGUCAGUAAGCGGAAGUACACUUCAGCUGUAAUCUUGUCAAGCAGUCGGCGGUAGACUGUAUUAAAGCAACUCCCAAAUGAGAAAAAAAAGCCCAACCUAAAACAGGAUCCACACAUUUCCAAGCGUAGGCCAGUCACAUGGAAGGCUGGACCUCCUCUUUUUCUUCUACUUGUUACUGGUAUGUGUGCAGAGGUUACCGUUGGUGACCACUGGUGCUGUAGGGAUGUAGGCUGUAAGGAUUAAGGGGAAUGAGAUUACAUAAGAUUAUAUCCACCUGACGCUACUUUUGACAUUGGCUGGCUUCUUUUUCUGUCCCCUACAGAGGCCAUUCUACAUUAUAUUCAUAUAUAUAUAUAUUCAUAAUGAGCCAUGAUAAAAUGAUUUGGAUUGUGCUCAUUCCACCUUAAUCUCAGUGCCUGUCCCCUAAUAUCAAAUCCCUUCUGUCAUCCUAUGAUAACACCAAACACUAAGAGAUGACUGAGAGGCAGAGGCAAAAAUGAGGCGCGAGUCUGAGUUCCCUUAAAUGACAUUUAUUAAUUUAUCUAUCUUGGUUUGCAGUAAACAUGAGCAAAAAUAUACAUACAGUAAGAGCAUAAAAUAAAGAUCCAGAAUAGAAAUAUCAUCCUUUUGGGGUGAGAGUAUCUCAACAACAAAUUUCAUGGAUUUCUUUCUUGAACUAUCCUUGCACCACAGUCUUCAAUUUAAGACAAGGGGGUUAGGUGGGGGUAAUGAAGAUUAUUCCUUAUUUGAAACAUUAAUAGUUGACUCUCUCUGACAUUUGUGUUGGGCCCUGUUGUGUUUUUCUUCUGGAGAAUUUCUGAAGGUUUUACACUUGAAAGUUCUCUGAAAGCACAGCUCAUUCUGACGUAUUCGCCGUACUUUUAAUAACUUAAUUCGGAUACAAUAGACCUCAGUGUUCAGAGAACAUUCAGUGCAAGCUUCAGAGCUCAAUUUAAGAGAGUAGAAAGGACACAAACAAAACAAUGUUUCUACAUAAAAAACAAAAACUUCUCCAACCAAGCUGUUAAAAUGUUGCCAUUCGUUGAAUGAAAUGAUGAAAACCUACCAGUUAACUCCCAUGACAAAAUACAAUCCAAGCUUAUACAUUUCUUUCCUCUUUACAACAAAAUAGCAAUAAAAAUACUCUUUUAUAAACAAAACACUACUUUUUAUACUCUUCCAUCGUGAUAAUGCACACUAGCAAAACUGCCGCAAUGCAAUAUCAAUAUCUUUCCGUUUUCUUUCUUGGUCUGGAUGAUAACAUGUUGCACUGAUUUUGUUACAGCCUUUCCAAUAAAUACAUCAUACAGCCACAGAAGAAAUAAAUAUAUUGCUUUUUGAGGACAUCUCCAAAUUAUCACAAAAAAAUAAAAA